UUUUUAAAUUAAGAAGACUCCACGAGUGGUAAAGCACAGGACAUACAUCGGUUGCCCUAGUAACGAGGCGCACAUUAUAGUCCCACAGGAGCGUCAGUAACCACGUGGAUUGUUGCUAAAUAUCCUGCUGCGUUGAUGCUUGAAUUUAUGAAAUGAUUUGUGGCCAGAUCUUUCAAAUACUGGUUUCUGAACUUUUCUACUUGAAAACUGGUGUAACACAUUUGCAAAAAAAAAAGCCAAACUUGUUGCCUUGGCAACAAACUAAUCCUUUAGCACACACUUGGUCGGAAGUGUGCAGGCAACAUCCUUACCCAAAGCCCUAUCAAUACAUUAUGCCAUUUCUGAGACCUCGAAAGCCUAAAGAAAAUCGUUGGAAAGAUUGGGAUCAAAAUGCGCAGAAAAACGGAUUGAAAAACACCGUUUACACAGUGAACGGGGAUGAAUACACAGGAGAAUGGCGGGACAAUAAGAAACAUGGAAAGGGGACACAGAGGUGGAAAUUUAACAGUGCCAUUUAUGAUGGUGAUUGGCAGUAUGGAAAAAGAAAUGGCUUUGGAACCUACAGUUUACCAGAUCCAGUCAGUGGAGAAUAUAAAAAGGUUUAUUCGGGCGAAUGGCAAAAUGACAAAAGACAUGGCUUAGGAACCAACUUUUAUUCAGAUGAUGACAUUUAUGAGGGUCAUUGGUAUUUUGACAAGAGAGAUGGCUGGGGUAGAAUGUUCUAUGCAGAUUGUUCUACAUAUGAAGGUGAAUGGUCUGAUGACUUGCCCAAUGGUGAAGGAAUGCUCCGCCUUGCUAAUGACAGUCGCUAUGAAGGUUUCUGGAAAGAUGGAAUGAAACACGGGACAGGAAAGUUCUUCUUCUUUGAGAAAGGUCAACUAUAUGAUGGUGUUUGGAUAGAUGACAUUCCAAAGUGUGGGAAAAUGAUCGAUUUUGGCCGAGAAGAUGCUAUUGAUCCCACUCUCUAUCCAAUACCACAGUUAAAACUAAGAAACUCUACUGGUGUAUUAGAGGAAGCCAGAUCAAAGUACCUGGAUGGCAUCAAUGAGAAUACCAGUCAACAUUUAAUCACUUCUACAACUUAAAGAUGACACGUUUCAACUUUCGCAGUGAAUGCCUGGCCUUUUCGGAAUGACUUGUACAAGUCAUUGGUGGUCAUUCUUCAACUAAUCAUUUAGUACUCAGCUGUUGGCGCAUCUGCAAUUUGUGAAGUUUUGAGAUAUUGUUGGCAGAACAAUAGCAUUUAUUCUGUGUCACAAUAAUAUGCAUCAUUAGAAUACCUGAUGGUUAAACAGAGUAACUGCUUUGUAGAGGGCUCUCCAUUAUGGUGGUCAGUUACUUUGCAUCCUUGCUGGUAAACUUACAUUACUGAUAACCAAGUUAAAAUUUGAUCUGCAAAGCAAGAAUUUGUUUACAUGCUUCCAUUUUUACCUGCCUUACCUAUUCCAUCAGGUCCACCAAACUUACCAUCAGCAGUUCAUAUGAGAUAUCUUGAAUAUAUUGAGGUUUCCAGUUUUUGUGAUGCUUCAUAUUUUCUUAAGCCGAUUUCAACUGAAAUUUAUAGAUAUCACAAUUCUAUUUCUCAGUGUACCAAAGCAAGAAGUAAAAUCCCAAGGUUUUUAAAAUGCACCCAAAUAUGUACUCAUCUCUUUAUGAAGAUCAUCUUAGUAGACUAUGGAUUUUUUUUUAAAUUUCCAGUUUCUGAACUUGUUUUUUGUGUUUGCAAUUAACAACAAAUAUUCCAGCAAGUGAUUCUAACAAAUGUAAUUGUUAGAAUGUUUUUAAUACUGAAAUAGAUCAAAACCUAAAACCAAUUUUCUUCCGGGGAAACUAUAUGUUUAAACCUACUAAAUAUAAAUUUGGGGGAAGGGUGAAUAGAAACAAAAGAUCCCUUGUGUGUCCAGCUCAAUAACCAGUUGCUGUUUGUGUGAAGACAUCAGUGGACAAGUGUUACAUUACUUCACGCAGUGAUCGUCAUGUAUCCAGAAAUCACUCAAGGUUGACACUUGGUGAGUGUGCCAGGACGUAAGAUCAGGUGUGAUCACUUUGAGGAAGAUUUAAUUUCAUUUAAAAAUAAGUUUAUUCCAGAAACUAGUACAGUUUAAAAGCGAAUAUUAUUUAGCCUCUAGGCAGCUGAAGAUUUCAAGUCGAAUAAUUUGGGCAUAGGCAAAUACACUGUUAAAAGUUGACAGAUUUCAAAUGCUUAUAACUAAGAUGGCUCAAGGUUCUGAAAAUCAUCUCAAGGGGAAUUGAAGGCAGCAACUCAGCAAUUCAGGGAGCAUGUGCAAACUUCUGUCACAACACCAGAAAUCUGGAUUGAACCUGGGUCACUAUGUGACAGCAACAUUACUUGCUUCACCACUGUACCGCCCUAAAGUUCUUUCUAAUGUAUCUACUAGAUUACUUUGUGUAUAUUUCAGAUUUUCCGGGGUUUUUUUAAAAAACCAAUUACAAUUUACUAAGGCUAAAGAUCUAGGGAAAAAAGUUCCUACAUUAACAAUUGUAUUGCACUACAUGUUGAUAAUUAAAAACAAAUAAAUACCCCAACUUUAUAUUCAAAAAAAUAAAUAAAAUAUUUUAACAAGGGUCCUUUGGACCGAUCUUGAAGGCCACAUGGGUUAUUUCUAUUGUAAAUGUAGUUUCUAUAUUAACAUCCCUUUUGAGCUGGAUUGACUGUUACUAAUGAGGCUACAGUAAAAUCUAUUAAUCGGAAUGGUUAUAUUAUAUCCAUUAUUCAAAAAUCCAAAUGGUUCUGUGUAAUGUCUCAAAAAUGGGAAUUAAAUGUGCAUUGGGCAAAUCUGCUAGUCCAGCAUCAGAGAUCUGAGCAUGCUUGAUUAUGAGGUUCAAAUACAGAAACCAAUUAUAAUGAUGUAAGAAAUAAUAGCCAUUUUUAAUAUUGAAGUAUUUACUAAAUGAUAGAAGAUUAUACACAUUAUGAAGCUGGGUAAAAGCAUGCAUUAGAAAUACAAGAAAAGUAUCCUCUUGAGCAAUUCCACAUUUAUAACAGAGUUCUUUAUAAAUUCCAAAAAUGCUGGAAACACUUGGGUCAAGCAGCAUUUGUGCAAAGAAAAAAGGAUUAACAUUUCAAGUUGAAGAAUCAUUGACAGUCUUUGACCUCAAAUGUAAACUCCGUUUCUCUUUCCAUAGUUGCAGCCUGUACUGCGUUUCCAACAUUAUGUCUUUGUUUGAUUUACAGCAUCUGUAUAUUUUUGAUUUCCAUUCUCCACAAUUUAUUUCAUUUUGUACUAUUAUUGUAUUUCUAAUAAAAUUCAGAUGAACAGC